AUGCUACGACUCUUUCGAUCCAUCAGCCGAGGGCGCGGGAAAGAGGAUGGAAGCAAGAACAACAACAACAACGAGGCCGCCUGGUCGCCCUUCGCCGCGUCUCCCGAACGAUCACGACACCGCGUCGUAGGCCAGAGCGUAGCAGACGACGAUUUCGACGCUGAAGAUGCCGAAUUUUCGCCUCGUCGACGCAUCAACGGUCCUCCCGAUUAUUUCCACGGUGGACGAGAUGAAUACGAAGAUCAGGCCGAGGAUGAUGACGGUGAAGAUGAUGAAGACGACGAAGACGACGAAGACGAAGAUGCAGUCGAGACGCCGCUCCUUCCCAUCUUCUCAGCGGCACAUCUCGACCGACUGCCGCUGUACAACAUCACACACGCCAUUCGCCUCUUGWUCGUACAGCGGUGCGAGACUACACUUUCAUGGGAUCAGUUGCGGAGUCCGCAGAUCAGCCAAUUCCUCGUGAAGCCCAUUCAAGGCCAAAUCAGAGCGGACCAUUUCAACCGUGCAACGCUAUGUGCGCUGAUUGCAAACUGCUUGCAAUUCCAGAAGGAAGGUCAGGCUCAGCCCGGUAAUGUCGGCGUGUCCAAGACGAGAGCAGCAAUCAGCGAACUCAUAGCCAUGCGGUUACUAAAGGAGUUCUCCACGCGAGAAUUGAUCGACUCCUUGUCGUAUGACUUUGAUCCUCUGCAAGGUAUCACAACCCCCAGCACCGGAACUCCUAGACCAGGCUUCGCUGCUUCUACCGAGACGCAACGCAAGCCUCAAGGCCGAGUCGCGAGAGUCAGCACCAUUGAGAUUGCGAUCCGUGCAGAAGCGAAACGAUUCUUAGCACAUACACUGGUGGUCCAGCAUCUCGAGGCUAUAUGGGCAGGUAACAUUGUCUUCCACUCCGCAGCAGACAGUCUGCAUAGACGACAGCGACAAUCUCAGGAAGAGUUGCCACCAAUCCGGGGACGUGUAGAUGGCUAUGGUACCAUUGACCACCACAACGCGAGCUCGUUGCCCGCUGGAGCUGUGCAUUCUCGGAAAGGUCACGCUAGUAAGACCAGCAGAGCGCCACCAGAGCCAUCGUUCUCUCGCCGGACAGUGACCUUGUACAACCCGCGCGAGGCAUCGCUGUUCAAGCUCAGCCGUCUGCGGGUUCCGCGCUAUCGUCAGGUCUUCAGUACCCUCAGCUUUGCAACGAUGCUCGGACUUUUUAUCGCUGUACUGGUCGACCGCAGCAUUGACAUCACCCCGCUUGAAGUGCUGUUCUGGUUCUGGAGUAUCGGAUACAUGCUGGACGAAGUCGUAGGAUUCACGGAGCAAGGUUUUGGACUGUACAUUCUUAGCUUCUGGAAUGCCUUUGAUCUCGGCAUCCUCGUCCUGUUCGUGGGAUACWAUUGUCUGCGCCUGUAUGGCCUUUUUGUGGCAGAUAUCGGCAAACACAAAAUUGCCAGCCUGGCGUACGAUGUCCUGGCUUCUACUGCAAUCCUGCUCUUCCCACGCCUCUUCAGCGUUUUAGACCACUACCGCUACUUCUCGCAGCUGCUCAUUGCCUUCCGUAUGAUGACGCAAGAUCUCAUGGCAAUUCUGGUCCUCAUCAUCAUCUGUUGCUCUGGCUUCUUCGUCGCAUUAUCCCUAUCAUUCGCCGACGAGAACACCGACGCAGGCGGCGUUGUCUACUCACUGUUUCAGAUUUUGAUGGGCUUCACGCCAGCAGUUUGGGAUCGAUGGGAUGGUUACAAUCUCUUGGGCAAGGCUAUCAUGUCCAUCUUCUUGACGAUUUGUCACUUCCUCAUUGUGACAAUCCUCAUCACGGUGCUGACAAACAGUUUCAUGGCCAUCGUGAAGAACGCCGAAGAAGAGCAUCAGUUCCUAUUCGCAGUCAACACCAUUUCCAUGGUCAAGUCUGAUGCUCUAUUCAGCUACGUUGCUCCCACGAACAUAUUCGGGUGGUUUCUUAGUCCGUUGCGCUGGAUCAUACCAUUGCGGCAAUACGUGAAGCUCAACCGCACCAUCAUCAAAGUCACGCAUUUUUCGAUUCUGUUCGCCAUAUUCUCAUACGAGCGCAUGGUUAUGGCAAGAAGUCCAUACGGUCCGGAAGAGCUGGUCGAGCGCCAGCACAUACACCAGAAAUCCGCAGCGGCGUUCCGCAAGGCGCCUGAACUUUAUACACCAACCCAUCGACUGAGGGAGCCUUCUGUCGUCAGCUUUCGCAAGGAUCGAGCUCUUGACGAAGUCUUCCGAAGGCCGUUUCGCGGCGAUACUGUUAGAACAACGACGAGAGAAAUGGAAGCAGGUUCUGCCACUGCGGUUGAUAAAUGGAUGCAUCUCGCUGAUGUCGAAGGGGGUGCCAGUCCGCCAAUGGAGCAGCCUAGGRGCGUCCUGGAGCGGCUGGAACAUCGACGGCCGAAGUUCAAACGCGCUGCUACUGCGGAUCGACUGAAGAUGAUGACAUCGAGAGAUUUCUCAACUGCGACUAAGAGCGUGGCCAGCGAUGGCGAUCUGCGCUCUUUGCCUGCAGUCAGGCGACCUUAUAUGAUUGCGGAAGAAUCCGAGGACAUGGAUCUCAGCGUGGAGACUCUCCCUAUGGAUACUGAAGCUGAUGGUGACGAUGAGAUUAAUGAUGAAUCAGACAUCAACCACACACCAAACAUUGGAGAAAGCGCACUUUCUGCGAAACAGAGAAUCCCAGCGGACGAUAGCGAAUCUGAGUACUUCCAGACGCCGAACGCUCAUAAGUCGCCAAUGCUGCAAAUGUCUCACGCGGCGCGAGCUCGCUUGCAGGGCUCUCCAGAGUUGGUCAGAGGGCCCGCAACGCCGCAUCAAAGCAAGAUCAACCAGCGAAAAGGACAUGGCAGGAAUGCUUCCAGUGGCACCAUUCUUUUCGCCCCUCCGGUCGACUACGAUUCCUCCGUGUCUAAUCCAAAGCGCCUAAAUCGUGCGAUGGCUGUUAAUCCCGCCACUGGAACUGCAUCGCCAAUGAGGAAGACAGCUCCACAAGUCAAACCACGGCCAAUCCUCCCUGUGCGUCAACAGACCGCUCCUACUAAGUUGACCUUUAUAGACAACCCACGACGCAGACAGCCUUCUUUCAAUGCUAGGGCUCUAGAUCUCGCCAGCGACAUUGGCGACAACAAAUGGGGUCCCUCUGGACGUGACAUGGUGGACGUAGGUGGAAUCUCUGGAUUUCCAGCUUCCUUUAGCGAGCAAAUGAUGAGGGAGCGUGACAUUCAGCGUCGAGCCGAUGACGAUCGGCGCCGUGGCGAGGAAGAGGAUAAGAGUAUGGUGAAUCGCAUUAUGCUCGCCCGGAUGCACACUCUUGAGGAAGGCUUCCGCGAGGUGUUGAAGGAGAUCAAGGACAUGACUGCAAACAAUUCACGAAGAGAGAGCGAAGCAGCGGAUUCCGGGGCCGGGCAUGCGCUGCGCGCAAAGGCUCUGCGGCCAAAGGUGGAUACUGCAGUCGGGAUGACUAUGACUCCAAAAACGCCUAUUGGGAGGAUUGGUGGGAAUGAAAAGGGAGCGAGGAAGAGUCCCAAAAAGGUUGAAAAGCCAAUUGCGAGGAAGAGGAAGGAGGGUGAGCGGCCUGGCAGCGUUGGCGCAAAGACUGCUUCUACGAGCGACAGCGAGCGUCUGUCUCAGACGGCGAAUCAGGCGCUUGCGAGACAGCAACAGCUGAGAGGCGAAAUGCCCAGCCCGGAGUCUGUGAAGUCUGUGGAAUCUGUUGUCCAGAUUGUUAAGGAUGAUGCUCCUCAGGAGGAUGUCGGUGAAGGGUCUUCGAGGCCUGUGACUGCGAGACCCUCGACGGCGAUUUGGGAUGGCAGCGUGUCGAAUGUAGACAAAGAAACUAGAGAGGAGUAA